AUGGCAAGUUCUGACUGGGGAUAUGAUGACCACAAUGGUCCUGAACAAUGGGGCAAGCUGUACCCCAUUGCAAACGGAAAUAACCAAUCUCCCAUUGACAUUAAAACCAGUGAAACCAAACGUGACACCUCUCUUAAACCUAUCAGUGUCUCCUACAAUCCAGCCACAGCCAAAGAAAUUAUCAACGUGGGACAUUCUUUCCAUGUAAGCUUUGAGGACAAUGAUAACCGAUCAGUGCUGAGAGGUGGUCCUCUUUCUGAAAGCUACAGGCUCAGUCAGUUCCAUUUUCACUGGGGCCGCACAAAUGACUAUGGUUCUGAACACACAGUGGAUGGAGUCAAAUAUUCUGGAGAGCUUCACAUAGUUCACUGGAAUUCUGCAAAAUACUCCAGCUUUGCUGAAGCUGCCUCACAGGCUGAUGGUUUGGCAAUUAUUGGUGUUUUGAUGAAGGUUGAUAAGGCCAACUCACGACUGCAGAAAGUACUUGAUGCCCUAAACGCAGUUAAAACCAAGGGCAAACGAGCCCCAUUCACAAAUUUUGACCCCUCUACUCUCCUUCCUUCAUCCCUGGAUUACUGGACCUACUUUGGCUCUCUGACUCAUCCUCCUCUUCAUGAGAGUGUCAUCUGGAUCAUCUGUAAGGAGAGCAUUGGUAUCAGCCCAGAACAGCUGGCACAGUUCCGAAGUCUUCUAUCAAAUGUUGAAGGUGACAAAGCUGUCCCCAUUCAGCACAACAACCGACCACCUCAGCCUCUGAAGGGCAGAAUAGUGAAAGCUUCAUUCUGA